UCAAUAGUUGUUGACAACUCACAACGAGUAGUUAUUCAAAAAUGGAAAUGACAAGGAACAAAACUCUUGAACGAAAGGAAGACGUGAUACUAAGAAACCAAAUGAUGGAAAGUCAGCCAAAUUCAAGAAAACCGAAAAGAUUUUUUUUCACAUCUAAAACUAAUGGAAUCGAUACAGCAGAACACCUGGAAAGCAUGGGAAAACAUGUCGAUGAGCCGGUGGAUUCCAACCAACCACCCGAAUAUCAACAGCGGUACUACAGACAACAAGUUGUAGCCGGUCAGCCAGUUUACCAAUAUGGGCCACCCCCACCAGUACAGGGGGGGAGAACGGAAGUUGUCCGUUCGGGAAGGGAAACGGCAAUGGCUAGAGAAGAACGUCGAGGCCCGGGCGGUGGUAAUCCAAGUUUCUUCGCUUAUGGAAAUGAUGAUGAUAGCGACAGAGUAUUUAUGUUCAAUACGGUUGAAGUGAGAAAUCGUUUUGUUCAUAAGGUUUACAAACUGCUCACAAUCCAACUAUUAAUCACGUUUGGAUUUGUUUUUCUGGCCAUUCAUGUCGAUGCCAUAAGGGAUUUCUUACUACGUAACUUCCUGUUGCAGAUACUUGUGAUGUGUUCGACCAUAAUUCUCGUUAUUGCUAUAGUGUGCUGUGAGAGCGUUAGGAAAACAUUUCCCUGUAACAUAAUUGCGCUUGGAAUUCUGACUCUUCUUUAUGCAUACAUAUUAGCAAAUGUUUCUUGCUAUUACGACACUAUAGCCGUAUACAUGGCCACUGGCACAACAGCAAUAGUUUGUUUUCUAGUGUCAGUACUGGCAUGUCAAAUGAAAUGGGACAUCACUAAAUGUGGAUGCAUGUUGUACGUUUUGCUCAUCGGUUUGAUGAUCUAUGGGAUGAUAUGUACCUUAAUGAUAUUUUUCGUAGAUCCUGAAAGUUUCAAAAUAUUGCACUUGGUUUACAGUGGCUUGGGGUUAGCUAUAUUCAUUCUUUACUUGAUGUUUGACACCCAACUAAUAAUGGGAGGUCGAUAUAUGGAGUUAUCACCUGAAGAGUAUAUAUUAGGGGCAUUAAAGCUUUACAUAGAUAUAUUUAUGAUAUUUCAGUUCUUAUUGGCGCUGUUCAGACAAUAAUAAAGCUUUUUGAAGAGGUAAUUGGUUUGUUCCUUUUAUAAAAUAAGUUUUAAUCACAAGUUCAUUUUAAAAUUUUCACAUAAUUUUUUAUAAACAAGUUCCUCAUGAACAC